AUUUAUGCUGAGAUCUAAAUCAAAUAACUUUUUUUGUAAUCUAACCCUCGUUCAGAUAUACACCCACGGAGCAAAAAUCUUCAAUAACCGCCGAUGCGGCUCUCCGCUCUCCUCUCCGUCCUAUCGUUGUUUCUUCCCUGCCUUGUUAAUUAAUUUCUAUCAUCGGAGCCGCUAGGUCCAGAUCAACCUCCGCUCUCUUUUUGCACCGCGGUUCUCCAAUUAAAUCAGUUUGUUCCGUCAUAGCUUGCGAUGUAUCUACUACACUCUCACUAAUUUCAGAAUACAUUCAUCGCCUCCAUUCGCUCUUUCCCUUUCACGAUUGCAUCCUCCCACACCGGCCAUACCUCUGGCGGACAUCGGUCAUUGAUCCGCCUUCGACACUUCAUGCUCUGCCUCCGUCACUCCACAUCGCCGCCGCCGCCGGGUCAUCAGUAACAGGUAAGCUGAUUAAAUGAUGCAGCGACAAAGGGACAGAGAUGAAGAUGAUAAAUAUAAGAGAAGAAGAGAUGAUAAUAGAUACAGGAGUGAAAGAGACAGUCAAGAUAGGAGGCUCAACAAUAAGAGUGAUGAAGAUGGUAGGAGGGGACGAGAUAGGAACAAGGAAAUUGUUAAUGAUAGGAGAGAUAGGAACAGGAAUAGGAGUGAUGAUGAAGAUGCAAAUGAUAGGAAUGGGGAUAAGAGGCGUGGUGAUGAUUAUGCUAAUGAUAGGAGGAGGAGAAGAGAUGGAUGGAGUGACAAUGAAGAUAAAAAUGAUAAAAGGAGAGACAAAAAGAAAGAUAAAGGUAGGGAUGAGGAAGAUGAUAAUGACAGGAGAAGAGGAGGGAGGGAUGAUGAUGAAGAUGGUAAUGAUAGGAGGAACAAGGAAAGGAAAAGAGGUAGGAGCAAGGACAUAAGGAGUGAUGAUGAAGAUGGACAUGAUAAGAACAACAGAGACAAGAAAAGAAUUGAUGAACAUGAUCAAAGUGAUGAAGAAGUUGGUGAAAUCAGGAAACCAGGGAAAAAGAAUGAGGACAUAAGUGAUGAAGAAGAUGGUGAGAUGAGGAAAAGUGAUAAGGAAAUUGGUGAAAUCAGGAAGAGAGGGAGAAAGGGUAAGGAUAAAAGGAGUGAUGAUGAAGAUAAUAAAUACAAAAGGAGAAGGAAUAGGAACAAAGAUGAAAAGAAUGAUGAUGAAGAUUAUAAAAGGGACAGAAAGAGGAAUGGUGAUCAUAAAGAUAGAAGAAGAACUGAUGAUGAUGAUGAUGUAUCAAAGCAUAAAGGGGAUGAAAAUGGGGAUAAAGAAAAACCGGAUGAAGGCCCAAGAUUCCAAAAGCUGGCUGAUUUGCAAGAAAGCAUGACUAAUUUAGGAAAGAGUGGAGGGGUGUAUAUUCCACCAUUUAAGUUGGCUCGUAUGAUGAGUGAAUUUCAAGAUAAAAGCAGUAUGGAGUAUCAAAGAAUGACAUGGGAUGCAUUAAGAAAGAGUAUAAAUGGUUUGGUCAACAAGGUCAACGCCACAAACAUCAAAAACAUCAUCCCAGAGUUGUUUGCUGAAAAUCUGAUAAGAGGAAGAGGACUGUUUUGUCGAUCAUGCAUGAAGUCCCAAAUGGCAUCUCCUGGUUUUACAGAUGUUUUUGCAGCUCUGGUUGCUGUUGUAAACACCAAAUUCCCUGAAGUUGGAGACCUUCUGCUCAGAAGGAUUAUCUUGCAGCUUCAAAGGGCAUAUAAGAGAAAUGACAAGCCUCAAUUACUUGCUGCAGUCAAGUUUAUAGCUCAUUUGGUCAACCAACAAGUAGUUCAUGAGCUUAUUGCUCUUGAACUACUCACAACUCUAUUGGAGAAUCCCACUGAUGACAGUGUGGAGGUUGCUGUUGGUUUUGUUACAGAAUGUGGAUCAAUACUUCAGGAUCUAUCUCCCCGAGGUUUGCAUGGUAUCUUUGAGCGAUUUCGUGGGAUUCUUCAUGAGGGAGAGAUAGACAAAAGGGUGCAGUUCUUGAUUGAAGGUCUAUUUGCAUUAAGAAAAGCCAAGUUUCAGGGGCAUCCAGCUGUACGUCCGGAGUUGGAUCUUGUUGAGCUGGAAGAUCAGUUGACACAUGAAGUAUCUCUUCUAGAUAAAAUUGAUCCAGAGAUUGCCCUAGAUAUUUUCAAGAUGGAUCCUGAUUUCAUUGAGAAUGAAAAGAAGUAUGAAGACCUGAAGAAAACAAUUCUUGGCGACGAAUCUGAAGAAGAAGAAGAAGAAGAAGAAGAAGGUGGUGGGGAGGAUUCAGAUGAAGAUGAAUCUUCAGAAGAAGAAGAAGAUGAAGAGCAAAUGAGAAUCAGAGAUGAAACAGAAACAAAUCUUGUCAAUCUUCGAAGAACAAUCUACCUAACAAUCAUGUCAAGUGUUGACUUUGAAGAAGCGGGUCAUAAACUCCUCAAAAUCAAACUCGAACCCGGACAGGAGAUGGAGCUAUGCAUAAUGCUACUGGAAUGCUGCAGUCAAGAGAGAACAUAUCUUCGUUACUAUGGUCUUUUAGGUCAAAGGUUUUGCAUGAUCAACAAAGUCUAUCAAGAAAACUUUGAAAAAUGUUUUGUUCAGCAAUACUCCAUGAUCCACCGCCUCGAGACCAACAAACUCCGGAAUGUUGCGAAAUUCUUCGCGCAUCUCCUUGGGACCGACGCCUUGCCUUGGCAUGUCUUGGCUUACAUCCGUCUCACUGAAGAAGACACCACUUCCUCUUCUAGAAUCUUCAUCAAGAUCCUCUUCCAGGAGCUGUCUGAGCAUCUUGGGAUUCGGCUGUUGAACGAGCGGUUGAGUGAGCCGGUGAUGCAAGAGGAUUUUGAGUCGAUUUUCCCGAGAGAUAACCCCAAGAACACGCGGUUUUCAAUCAAUUUUUUUACUUCCAUUGGGCUUGGUGGGAUUACCGAGAAUUUGAGGGAGUAUCUCAAGAACAUGCCGCGUCUUAUCAUGCAACAAAAGCCUGCGUCGGAAUCGGAUUCCACUUCCGGUUCUGAUUCCAGUUCUGAUUCCGAUUCCGAUUCUGAUUCUAGUUCGGAGAGCGAGAGUGAGAGUGAUCAUAAGAGCAGCAGCAAGCGCCGAAAGAAACGUUAGCAUGUUUACAUGUAUUUUUACAUGUAUUCUUAUGUUGAGAAGAAAUUGAAUAUCUGGUUGCAGGGACUAGUUGUUUUUGGAGGUUUGCUCUAUUUGAUUGUAACGUUAUAUGAUUUUCAGCAAACUGGAUUCCAAUGUGUAAAAUUUGUAAUGGUUUUGUGAUUUUGUUUUUAAAGAAUUUUUUUAUGGGA